UAUAUAAAGACAAACCAAAUGGCUAAUAAUUAACCAGUUUAAUUUGAAUCCGUUACCAGUGAUCAACAAACCAACAAACACCCAUUUCCAAAAUGAAACUUAUUCUCGUUAUUGCCGUCUGUUUAAUCGGAGCCUCACACCAAUUCAGAUUCGGUGGAUGGCAAACUUCUGAUGCCAACAGUGAAACCAUCAAAGAUCUUGCUCAAGUCGCCACUGAACACCGAAACAGCCAAAUCAACUCUCUUUACUACCGAACCCUCGUCGAGAUUAAGUCUGCUAAGCAACAAGUCGUCAAUGGUAUGAAAUACGAACUCACUUUGGUCCUCGCCGAUACUAACUGCGCCAAACAAGAUGCUGGUGCCAAACUCUGUCCAGUUGGACAAGGUGCUGCCAAAGAAGAGUGUGUUUACACCAUCUGGGUUGAAUCAACAAAGGAAGAGCCAGCAGUCACUUCCAGCUCAUGUACCGACCUUUAAGUAAACUGGAAUUCCAUCAAGUUUGCAGAAGUCAUUAAUUUAAUGAGUAAUUUAUAACUGCUUGCGCUUAAUGCGUAUUUUCAAUAAACACCGCAUCAGUAUUAAA